UAACGGAGGCGAAAAAAAGGCUAAUCAAAGCUUCCGGCUCGCUGACACGCUACAAAGUUUAUCGCUACAAAGUUUGAUCGUUCGCGUGGGCGGGCGUCCCACCCGCUGGUCAACGACCUUGUUCUGCACCUGGACAAACAAGGGGAUCGGCUUCUCCUUCCCUGGAAGGAGGAUACCAUGUGCUCCACGAGGCGGCUUCACCACCGGCGAUUCGCGGCCAUGGGGUUCCCGCCCCCCUCUGCUCGCGCGUGUCGGAGAGCAAGCGCAACGCGUGGAGCGCGUUUGCCGCUGUUCAAUCGGAUUCCGAAUUCGACCGGGGGUGGCGCUCUGCUCGCCUCCGACUGGAGUACGGCCACCGCCUCGCCGGGAGAUAUAAGCUCCAUUGGGGGCCUCGUGAUGCUCCGCCGGUGGCAGAGCUUCUACGGCGCCUUCGACCCCGUGGACGCCGCCAUCGAGGCCGCCGACCCGGACCAGUUUUCACGCCACGUGUUCCGGCGCGCGAGGGGGACCUGUUGGGGCGGCUCUGCAGCGCCGCCGACGACGACCAGGCGGAGCGCAUCUGCGGGAUUCUCGACGACGUCAUGGCAGAGUCUCUCGAGACGCUGAGGCUGGUUCCAUCAUCAACGCCAGAGGCGCCCGUCUCCACGGAGCUCGCCGAGUCUGUGCGCGCGCUGCGGGAGCACGACUCGGAGCGCGUCCGCCUCCUCGCGCGCGGCAUCGUGAACGCGUGGGAGGCCUCCGUCCAGGACCAGGUCGACGGCGCCGAGGUCACACCAGCCACGCCCAUAAAGAAGCUGCCGCGGCCCAAGGCGGCCGGCGGGCAGCAACAUGCCUCCGCCGAUCCUGACGCAAAGACGAAGCGACCUCCCAAGCUCAAGCGGUUGGCGGAAAUCAUCAAAAAGGCGUCAGAUCCCGCCGCCAGCUUCGUCGACGGUGACCGUGCCGGGUUCUGCUCGGACGAGAAGAUGGAAGCCGCCAAGCGCAAGCUCCGCCAGGGUUACCAGGAAGCAGAGGACGCCAAACGGCGGCGCAGGACGCAGUUGGUGCAGGCGCCCAAGAUGAUGCAGCCGGCGUCUCAGAGGCAGCCAAUCACGAGGUGCACCAGCUCCAUGGUCAAGAACACCUUCUCGGUCAGGACGCAGCUUCACAUGGCUUAGGGCUCUAGUCACGAAAAGAGAGACUAAGCAGUUGAUCCAGAACUGGUGUCCCGGUCACUUUGUAUACGUAUAUCCUUCUUCUCGAAACAUGCCAUACUGCAGUUGUAGCUAGCACUACUGCAAAGCAGUUGCUCGUAGCUCGUAUGCACAUGAUCAAAAGAAGUUGAUGAAUUGGAAAGCAGGAUUUAGUGUUAAAAAUCUUUGAAAUC